AUGAACGCAGUUAGGGUUCGACAUCUUGAAAACUGUCUUAGCCUUUUCGAUAAAGUAUCAACAAUCGCCAACCCACUCGAUCGAUUCCUUCAAAUGCUCUACCGUCAAUUAUUACUCAAAGGUGUUGCUAUUGAAAAAUGUGCAUCGUCACCAAUCGGACUGCAAUUAACUGUCCAACAGCAGUUGAGAAAUAUACCUGAGUAUAAUGAAGGGUUGAUUGAAAUCCAAGACGAGUCGUCCCAAUUAGUAGCUAUGAAAAUAAAAUGUCAACCUGGAGAAAGAGUCCUCGACUAUUGUUGUGGGAGAGGAGGGGAACUUGUACUCCACGAUAUCAAUCUCGAUGUAGUUGCAUCUGCUAAGAUUCGGUUGAAGAAUGCCGGAAUUCGAAACGCAAAAUUUACAUCCGAUGAAACAUCUCUCAAUAGAUUGAAGGAAAAAUGUGAUUGGGUACGCUUUGUCGAAAAGCGCCACAUACUUGCAGUUUUAGGUGAUAUGCGAUUUGAAGAAACUGGUCAACACACAGCGGGAAAUUGUCUCGAAGUCACUUCAGUAUCUUAA